GUCGUUUUUCUUUUUUCUUCCUUUCUGUAUGUCUGAACAAGCAUUAAAAGCAGGAUUUCAAGUGCUUGAUCUUGAAGAAAUUGACCGCAUUGCCUUGAAUGAAGCAAAAGAAGCGCUUGAAAGCCCUUAUAAAUUUAAAAAACAAAUUAAGCAUGUAGCAGUGAUUGGCACAGGUCCUUCAGGUUUGCCUUCUGCAAGACAUUUAAAGGAAGCAGGAUUUUGUGUCCGUGUGUUUGAAAGGAAUUCUUCUGUGGGUGGCGUAUGGGUGUAUUCAGAAAGCAUGGUUCCCAAGCCUAAAAUGCCAACUUCGCGUAUCACACGUGAUGUUGAACACAAAGCAUGGGAGGUCAAAGAAGGAGAACCACAAAAACAACUGUAUGAAAUGACACCUGAAAUCAAAAAUUUAAUGCUAAGAAAAUGUCCUCCUUCAGCUUGUUAUCGAGACCUUUACAAUAACAUAUCGACCUCUCUUUUUGCUUAUCCUGAUUUCCCGUUCCCAGAGAACACACCCGACUGGUGUCCUCAUCAAGUUACACAAGCUUACUUUGAGUCGUAUGCUCAUCAUUACGAUUUAAUGCCAUUGAUUGAGUUUGAUACCAGUGUUGAUCUGGUUACCAAACAGCAAGAUAGGUGGGAAUUAACACUUUCAAAAUACGAUGUGUAUACAAGUGGUAUUGUUCGUGAAACACGAUGGAAAGAAUCGUUUGAUGCUGUUGUUAUUGCUACAGGUCCUCAUCAAGACCCUUACGUGCCUGAUUUUAAAGACUUUAUUGCAUACAACAAAAUGCAUCCUGAUCGAUCCAUGCAUUCCAUACAAUAUAGACGCCCUGAAGAUUUCGUGGGCAAACAUGUGCUUUUGAUAGGUGGUAGUAUAUCUGCAGUGGAUAUUGCUAGAUCUUUGGAGGGUUUCUCGACAACGACUACCAUGGCUAUCAAAGGACCCUUUGAAUCCCCUUUUCCCAUCUACAAUAUUGUGCGCAGUACAAUUCCUCGUUCUGUCAGCAUCAAGCCUAAUGUAGCAACCUUCUCGAACGAAAAAGGCGAGAUCGACGGGACAAUUCUGUUUGAAGACGAUACUGUGUUAGAUGAUGUAGACCAAGUGAUCUUUUGUACAGGUUUCAAUACACGUCUUCAAUUCUUAGAUGGAUUGGUGAUCCCAAAAGACGCUGAACAAGUGGCUAUUGUGCCUCCUCGACCUCUGUAUGAUGAUGUGCCUGAAAGUCAUGUUGUGCUUGGUCCUAAAUUUCCUCUGAAUGUCUAUCGUGAAGUGUUCUUGAUGUCGGAUCCUACCUUAGCGUUUGUAGGACUGCCUCCGAUCACGAGUCUACCUUCACACUUUGAUACACAAGCGAUCAGUGUGGCUCGUGUCUGGUCUGGCCAAGCUCUUUUGCCGACGACAGAACAUAUGCAGCAGUUUGCUUCUGACUUCAAUCCCGGUAUUAGUUUACAAGAGAUAUUUAACGCAGAUCGAAAGCGAAGACAGCCGUUUCUUACUUGGUUAAAUUAUCAUGCUGAAAAGAUCCAUCCAGAGCUACCCACAUUGGAGAACUAUCCAGCUGAUCAUGAAGAAAGAGGCAAUCGUGCUAUUGAUCAGUGGAUUGCAUUCUCAAAUGAAACUUUCAAAAAGACAAGAGAACGUAUUUCUAAGCAUCAAUUGUAAAAUAAGUCUAUUAUAAAUAAAUAAAAAAAAGCCUAUUUUCAUUGUCUAGUAUAGGAUCAAAAGUAAAA